GUACCUUGCUGCCGCCAUCCGAGCUUGCAAGUCUGUACUUGACAGCGUCAAGGAGCUCAAGGAGCUCAAGCCACCCCUCCGGAAGUCCAUUGGCAAAGACAGGGCUGCGCGCAAGGAUGCCCAGACACUACCUGCAGUCCAGCUUGAGGAUGGCAGCAUUGCCGCUGACAGGGAGCAAGCAGAGGCAAGGUGGGUCCGGCAUUUCAGCGCUAUCGAGGCGGGUUGGCCAGAGGACCCUGAAACCAUAGCAGCCGAGUGUGUCAACAGACAGAGAAACACUGACCUCAGCGCCUUUGCACUAGAGCUUGCUGAUGUGCCAAACCGUACGCACAUCGAGAGCGGGCUCCGCAACUCCCCUUGUGGUCGGGCAGCCGGCAAGGACAGGAUACCCACAGAUUUCUUGCACCACUUUGCAGCCAAUGUUUCGCUUCCACUCUAUCAGUUAGUUCUCAAGAUGUCUUUCCGAUGUGCUGAGCCGCUGCAGUGGAAAGGCGGAGAGGUACACCAGAUCUGGAAACGUAAAGGCCCGUCCACCCAAUGCGAUUCUUUUCGUGCCAUACUCGUCAGUUCUGCAGUAGGCAAGGCUGUGCAUGGUGCCUUUCGGACCAAAUGUGCUCCGCUACUCGACAGAGUAGCUGCACCACUGCAGGUCGGAGGUCGCCAGGGGUACCCUGUUCAAAUUGCAGUGCAUACUGCGCGCCUCUUUCAAGAGGCCACGCGCCACAG